AUGGCCAGUUUAAGAUCGACGACGCGGAUGCUCAAGCAGCUGCUGCACCACCACACGAAGGUCGGCGUCUUCCUCGUCGUCGCGGGCUUCGUCUGGGAGUACCCGCGCAUCAUGCUCGCGCAGUACCUGCUGGGCAUGCUGAGCGACUACCUGCACAGCAACCACCAUCGGUCCGCGCUUCUCGGCAUGUACAUCGGUCUCAUUGCCGCCGCCACGACGCUCUUCCGCGAAGACGCGCGCAGCGACCAGCCAUACCUAUGGAAGUAUGUGCUAGCGACGCCCAUGACGCUCGCCGGCGGCGCCGUCCGCCUCUUUGGCAUGCCGGUGUACGCGCUGGUCGUCGCGGUCUGGGAAGCCACGGUCGUCCUGCAGGCCACGACGGGCCCGCAAUACGCACACCGGCUCCACGAAGCCUACGUGGCGCGGCUGCAGUCGGUCGGCGGUGCGCAAGCGCUGCCACUCUCGGCGUUCACGACCGGCGUCGCAUCGAUCCACGACCCGGCGGGCGGGUACGGCGAGGUGCUUGCCUAUGCGCGCUUCUCGGCCAAAAUUGUGCUCGCUCUCUUCUUCUGCGUUGUCUAUGGCAUUGCGACGUUCUGCAACGCGCCGGGCCUCGCGGGCGAGAACCUCCGGGAUGCGGUUCGCAACUGCGACGUCGACAGCGCCAAGAAGGCCCUGUCGCGGGGCACCGACCCGAACAGCAAGGGCCAGGACAAGGGCUCGGCACUGCACAUUUGCGCGCAGCAAGCGCUCUCCGAGAUGGCGCGUGUGCUCCUGGAAGCCGGCGCCGACGUCAACUUGCCCGACGGCUUUGGGUUUACGCCGCUGCACUGGGCCGUCCAGCUCCGACGCGAAGAAACGUGCAUCGAGAAGCGCCUCGACGUCAUCCGCGUCCUCCUCGAGUACGGUGCCAAUGUGAAUGCCGUUAACUUCAACGGCGUGUCACCGGCCAUGAUUGCCGCGCGGCCCGAGAACGUCCGCGCUCACGACGUCAUCCAGCUCUACGGCUGCGACGUCGACUAGUACGAUAGAAAGAUCCAGUGCUCUAUUUGAUAACUACUUAUUCGUCC